GCCGGCUUUCUCACGUUUGCUCUCGAGGUUCACGUCGGUCCGUCGGUCCAUCCGCAGGAUCGUUUGAAUGAAUAACAAGUUUUGGCGUCGCUAGCGCGAUAUUCGCCGCGGCUAGGUACUUUAGUUGCGGUGCCAUGAAGCUUUCGCGGUUGCACAGUUGAACGUACAUGCACGAAUACAUGCAUAGAUAGGUAUAUAUUUUUGUCGAAAAAAAAGGUUAUGAAUUCAGUAUUAGUUACAGAACUUCAUUGAUAAUUGUGACACGGUGUGAAAUAUCUUCUAAAUUUUGUUAAAAUGAAACUGCUGAAACCUAACUGGGUUACUCACGAUGAAUUUCCCAUAUUUUCCGUUGAUAUACAUCCCGAUGGCAAGAGAUUCGCGACUGGAGGACAAGGAGGUGAUUCCGGGAGAGUGGUAAUAUGGAAUAUGCAGCCAAUAAUUGAUGAGUCUGCGGAGAUUAAUCAAAAUGUUCCUAGAAUGCUGUGUCAACUAGAUAAUCAUCUUGCAUGUGUAAAUUGUGUUCGUUGGAGCAGUGGUGGCUUGUUAGCCUCAGGAGGAGAUGACAAACUCAUUAUGAUAUGGAGACUUUCGGGAGGUAGUGGUGGAAGUUCUAUCUUUGGUAGCAAAGCCGGAGUCGAGACUUGGCGAUGUAUAGCAACACUUAGAUCUCACGAAGGAGACGUCCUAGACUUAGCGUGGGCACCUCAUAGUCCUUGGCUGGCCUCAGCAUCUGUUGACAACAGUGUCAUCAUAUGGGACGCAUCUAAAUUCCCAGCCGUGAUCGCUGUACUGAAAGGACACACCGGACUAGUAAAAGGUGUCACUUGGGACCCAGUUGGAAAAUACUUGGCAUCACAGUCCGACGAUAAAACAUUGCGAGUUUGGCGGACUACAGACUGGGCCGAAGAAGCUCUAAUCUCAGAGCCAUUCGAAGAGUGUGGCGGCACAACCCACGUUCUCCGACUAUCAUGGAGCCCUGAUGGACAAUACCUGGUUUCAGCCCAUGCAAUGAAUGGUGGAGGUCCAACUGCGCAAAUUAUCGAAAGAGAUGGCUGGACUCAGGACAAAGACUUUGUUGGACAUAGAAAGGCUGUCACUUGCGUUAGAUUCAAUGGUAAUAUUCUACAAAAAAAACCUCCUGGUAGCACGAAACCUCAACAGUAUUGUUGCGUUGCGAUCGGAUCUCGAGAUCGUUCACUUUCGGUGUGGUUGACGUCACUCAAGAGGCCUCUGGUUGUGGUGCACGAAUUGUUCACUCAUUCAGUAUUGGAUGCCAGCUGGUCUCCAUGUGGCUUGAGAUUGGCUGCCUGCUCCUGGGACGGAUCAGUCGUUUUCAUCGAAUUUACGCAGCAGGAGCUUGGUCAGCCACUUGACCACACAGAACAAAAUUUAGAGUCUACUGCAGGGAGAUACUCUCCAGUAAACAGCAGCGAGCUUAACUUGAAUAAAAAGAUAGAAUGCGUACAGCAGGGAAGUAAGCAAACGGAUGUCAUUUUACAGAGCACUCUCCACGAACGUAUGUAUGGUAAACCACUGAUUCAGGGGGGUUGUAUGGUCAUGGAGGCCCCUGAGCUGCUCAACUUGAAACCUCCAGUGCCACCUUCUCAGCCUUGUCCACCGAGACCAGUGCCAGCUAACAAUGCACCACCUCCUUCUGCACCUUCUACACCAGCUAAAGGUCCCAUCAAUAAACAAAUUGAGACGAGAACCUCGGAUGGAAGGAGGAGAAUUACACCCAUGUUCAUACCGCCGCCACCAGACACAAUGGACACAUCGAUAGGUGUAGGUGUAGGCCCUCCGACGUUUACCAGCACAUCACAAACGAAGAGUUCUAUUAUCAUAGAAAAACGAGACGAUGUUGUUACUCCCAAUGUCAGUUCAGCAUUAAACGCCACACUGCCUACAACACCAGUUCCAACACUGACGUUAAAACGCCGGGAACAGACUGCCUCGAAACCGCAUCAUUCCACCCCUAACAAAAGACUGAAAUUAGUUGCAGAAAGAGGUGCAAAUCACAUUGUUUUCCCUGCGAUAAAGCCGUCCAGCUCUUUGUCUCAACAAGCCGGACAUUAUGCGGUGACUGUUACAAGUAGUCAAGGAUUGGCUCACUUGCAAGUAUUCAGGGGCACCGAUUCUGAACCUAUUUGGGAACUGUACCUCGGUUAUAAUGCGGUGGCCUUGGCCGCUUCCCCGGCAGUUAUAGUAUUAGCACUAGAAGAUGGCAGUAUUCACACUUUUCAUCCAGCUAAAGGAUCGAGACCUGCUCCGCCACUGGCUCCUCCAGCACCACUGGCCAAAUUAUAUGCUAUUGGAAACAUGGUAAUGGUCAUAUCCAGUUGCGGCGCCGUCAGAGUAUGGGAAAUCGGUCCAUCUCCUCGUCUCAUCGUUUCAACUUCAGCAGUUCACUUAGUCUCACCUGGCGCAUCACUCUUGUCCUGUACCAUACACAAUGGAAUGCCACAUUUAUCAUUUACCAACGCUCGAGCUUACAUAUAUCACAAAGAAAUGGGUACUUGGCUGUUAAUUGGUGAUAACCAGGAUCCGGUAUGGCGUUGGUCAUCUCAAGUCGCUUCCAGUACGUCUGGUGGUAGAGCCCCGCGAGGUCCACUAUCAUCAUUGCAGGAAGCUCUUCAGCGUACAGCGGGAAGUGCCCCACCACACCCGAGGCCACCUCACAGUGCGCCCAGCGUUGUUGCUUACUUGGAACAACAACUUCUCGCCUCAAAGGCGCUCGGCAGCUCCCAAGAAUACGUUCACUGGCUUAUGGCAUUAGUAUCUUUUUUGUUGACUCAAGAUGGAUUAGAGAAACGCCUAAGGAUAAUACUGGACGAUUUAUUAGGACCGAGUCAUGGAUCGGCUGCCAAAAGUGCCUGGGAACCUACAAUGCUGGGGAUGAACAAACACAAGCUGCUGAGCGACGUAUUGGCUGUUGUCGGGGGGCACCUGCGCUGGCAAAGACUGUAUCUAGAAUAUGUUGAACAGUUAGCAGCGAUGAAACAGACAUGAUAAUUAUGGCAUGACGACAUGGUAGACUGAAUUUUCAUUGCAACAAUGAUAUUUAUAUAUAUAUAUAUAUACAUAUACACAUAGGUAUACAUAACUACUAUACAAAAUGUAUAUUUAUUGUAACAUUUAUCAAUGAAGACUGUACAGAUUUUUAUAUUUUACGUUGUAUGAUAGUGAAAAUAAAUUAUUA